CCAAACAACAGAUUAUCUCUAAAUCUGAAAAUAAUGAACGGAUCUCAGAAUUCAUUAAAAAACGAAAUGACAAUUUCAAAAAUUCACACACCAAGAUGAUAGACUCUUAUCUUGAAAGGAAUAGAAAAGCAAUUAUUCUCGAUCGAAUAAUGAUUCAUGCAGACAUGUCUGAGCAACAUCUGGAAUUAAUUCCUGAUGAAAUUAAAAAACAAACGGCUUUACAUUUUCAAAAAAUUGCUGGAUUUUCAAAUAGAGAC